AUGCUCAAAAAGGGCUCCCAUCCUCUGAUUCUACUCCUCGGCCUAGCUGUGUCUUCAGCAGCAGCUCAGAUCUGCUAUGGCCGGCAGGGUGUUCAGGUCCAGGGUUUGGUCGCCUGCAACCCUGGCGGAGGCUGCUGCGCAAAGGGAGACAUCUUAACCACGGGCAACGGUAUCCAAGUUUGCCCCGGGACCGGACGGUACUGCUGCUACGGCUAUACAGGUUGCGCAUGCGAUGAUCCCGUGAGUGCGGUCAGCAUCGCCGCCGGAACAAUCGUCACUACUAUCUCCUGGGACUAUACAACGCCGCUUACGAGCUCAACUACAAGCUCUCCUUCCUCGCAAAUCACAAACCCACCUCCCACCACUGUCCCAUCUUCCAACGAGACACCCGUCGCUACCACCGAUGCCACACACCGAUCAUCCAGCUCCUCCAGCCUAUCCACCAGCGCACGCGUCGGUGUCGGCGUCGGAGUCGCCCUCGCCGGCCUCCUCCUCGCCGGCGCCCUAACCGCCCUAUUCGUGCACCGCCGACGACGCCGCAGCGCAUGGCCCACAACGCGCAACCGCGCCGAACUUCACUACUACGGCACCGAGCACAAGAAACUUCCCCAUGAGCUGGACGGUAAGCGUCCCACACAGGAGUUGCAUGGCCACUCUAUCCAGUGGCGCACACCCAGCGGGCCGGUGGAGGCGCCAUCGUCGGGUUUAUAG